UUUUUAAUUUUAACUAAAUUUCCCUUAUUUAUCAGUUGAAUGGGUUUAUCAGUAGAUGAAUGGACUCUGGUUAUUCGACAUGGAAGCAAAGGACGUCGAUUUAAGACUUUCCCUUCUACUUUAAAAUGCAAAGCAAUACUUAAUACAACCCACAAAUCCAAUAAUGACAACAAAACUUCUUUGGAUUAUUUGUCUACUGUUGUCACAAAAUUUAAAAAUAAUUUUCCAGAGUCUUUCAAGCAUUUUGUCUUUUCUAAACUGGAAGAAGCACUUAAUAGUCACAAUUUAGCAAUUAUUCGUGUUUUUGGAAUCGGACCAAUUAGCACUAGUCAAGAUAGUUUAUGGCAAUUGGCACUUCUUUUACAUAUCAAAGAAUAUUUUGGAGUAGAAAUAGUCACUUCCCAAGAUCCUUUAACUUCGGAAAUUGAAGAAGAAUUUCUUCAAAGUUGUGGGAUACAAGUUCUUCCGCCAGACGAUUUACUUUCAACACCUCCUUCUACAUUCCCAAAUGACUUUACUCUUCUUUAUAUGAUACAUUGUACUCAGGAUAUGUAUGAAAACAUUCUUUCAAGUUAUUCAAGCAAAGAAAACCUUCAACGGAUAAUUUUAAUUGGAAAUGUAAAUUUUUGUAAAAAUAUUUUUUUAAUUUUAAUUGAUAGGUCCCACAAAACAUACAAAAGUGGUAGUUUGGGUCCUUUUUCAUGUUAUCUCCUCACUCAGCCGCUUCAAAAUACUGAAACUUUGAUCAGCUAUAACUUGUCGAUUUGGCGGUCAGAUCCAAAAAUUGGCAAUAGGUUUUCGACCCUCUAUAUGCAAAAAAAAGUGCGAAAUUUUUGGUGGCAGUUCGGAAUGUUCCCUUGCGAGCAUUCAUUUCCAUCCAAAUUUGUUUUCCUAAUGUUGUUUUCCUCAUAA